CACCAGACACCCAGCACAGAACGGCGGCUUGUGAUGUGAGCUCGACAUAACCGCACGACAUCCCGCUAAAUAUGAACUGCACCGCCAUCAAUAGCAACCAGAUCGAAACGACACCAAACAACCUGCCCCGGCUGAUGGGGGGCAUGGGCACGGCGACACCUCUGUCCACCAGCCACACACCAACCAGCCGCACGGCCAAAGCGACCAUCUGCAGCGGCCCGGGCGGUACGGGCGGUAGCGUAGGGACGACCGUGUUCUUCCACCGCACCACCAACAACCUGCUGGAUGUGCCGCGCACCGCCAACAGCUCCGAGGAGGAAAACUCACCGACGGAAUUGAACACCUGCCGCAAGCUGACCGAAAAGCCCCCGCUGGUGAAACGACUAACGAUGGGUAUCCUUAGGACGGCCGAAGAUAGCCGACCGCUCGUGCACAGUUCGUCCUCGCCGUCGAGCUCGUCCAGCUCCUCCCAGACGAUCUCGGACGGGUACGUGAACGAGGGCAUCUGUGCCGACACGGCCGAGACGACGCUCUCGACGACAGUGUUCACCACCUGCAGCAGCAACAGCAACAAACUGUCCGGCUCGGCAACAUCGGCCACCAUCACCACCACUCCGACGAUGGCCGCCGGCAGCAGCACAAUCCGAAGUCCGCUCACGCCGGGAACGUCGCUGGGUGCGGCGGGAACCAGCAUACUGUUCGAUGCCGGUGGCCCCCGCUACAAUCAUACGGCGACCACCCUGCUCUACCCACCGGCCGUUCCGCUGCGCAACGAUAGUCUCAGCCUGAAGGAACAGCACGAGCUGAAAGGGGCGCCCUGGUUCCAGGCGGGCAUACCGCGCGAAAUUUCGCUCGAGGUGCUUUCGCGCCAAAACCCGGGCGCAUUCCUGGUGCGCCAAAGCACAACCAAACCGGGCUGCUUCGCGCUGUCGCUACGUGUACCGCCGCCGGCCCCGAAAGUGGCCCACUAUCUAAUACUAAGAACGAUACGGGGGUAUAAAAUUAAGGGUUUUACGAAAGAGUUUACAUCCCUGAGGGCACUGAUAACGCAUCAUUCGGUGAUGCCGGAGCUGCUGCCCGUACCGCUAGCACUGCCGCGACCGCCCCAGAUCGUGCACCGGCAGGAAGACCCAGAGACGUACGGUUCGCUGAACGACUUUCAGAACAUGAUUACCGAGUAACUGAUUUCGGAACGCACGACGUGUUUCUUUCCUGUUUCUUGAUGUUGAUUAGAAAAAGAGAGGAGAAGAAGAAGAGGUUAAUUAAAUCCCACAAAUCGGACACAGUUUGAAGUGGGAAGUAAGCGAUAUGUUUUGCAUUUAUUCGUUUCGUUCUAUACUUUUUCUCGUUGCCUCUGGUAAGCCAAAAUGUCUGAAUAGUCUCGAUCGGAACGGUUCUACAUUACGUUACGGACCAACACUAGGAACUAGAACUAGAAAAAGUACACCAUAUUUAACGCCUUUUUCCUUAAAGUUGGUUUUAAAAAGUGAUCUUACUAUGUUUUGCCUAAUUCUUUAAAUUUCCUGCCCCAUUGUUGGUAAAACGCUCUAUAAAAGAGAAUCUUAAUACUGUAUAACCGGUUCAUUUAGUACAGAAACGGGGAAAAGGUACAGAAUGGAACACAAAAUUAAGAGAACGCUAGUCAAAAGGCAGAUCGAACAAGAAGGAACGCUUCGGGACAGGUUUGAAAAGAACGUGAUAGUCUGUAUGUAGGAUGCGAGUGUAAACAAAACGCUAAAGAAAAUAGUAACAUGAUGCAAAAGAUUAUUAAAAGAAGCAAUAUUGUUGGAAAAGAAACGGUAACUCAAAAUUAUAGCCUAAGCUUCACAAAUGAUGAAGAGAAAAGUAAUGUAGAAAAUUAUAAACGAUAAUAUGUAAAGUAAGAAACACGAUAAGGUAAAACAGACAGAGCAGUACGGCAAAAGAAAGAAGUAAGAACAAGAACAAA